AUGGCGUUUUGUAUUUCUGAAACUCAUAUCAAAUCAAAGCAUUCUUUUCCGCUCCUAUACUGGAUUUGCGAUGAUGAACUAUCUGGUUCACAGAGAAGAGCCGUCUCUUCUUCGAAGCGAAGCUCGCUUACUCGCAUGGUCGCUGUUGCUACCGCUACUUCUGGAAUUGUAUACGCUAAAACUAAUCCAGAUGCAGGAACGAGGAUAUCACUGGCUGUUCCAGAAUCUGUUCGGGAGUCUCUGUCAAUGUCAUUACCUUGGCAGAUUUCACAGGGCCUGAUUCAUCGCCCAGAUCAAAGCUUGUUUGGAAAUUUCACGGCGUUUUCUUCCAGAGUCGGUCGAAAAUCAGAAGCAGCUGCAAAUGAUGAGAAGGGAGUUCCGGUUGAAGCAUCGGAGGAAAGUGCUAAACCAAGUAGCGGCGGGUACUUGGGGAGAGAUACAAUAGCAAAUGCGGCUGCAAGAGUAGGACCUGCAGUUGUCAAUCUAUCGAUUCCUCAGGGUAUCUAUGGGAUUUCUACGGGGAAAAGUAUCGGUUCUGGAACAAUCAUUGAUGCUGAUGGUACGAUAUUGACUUGUGCUCAUGUUGUAGUUGAUUUUCAAAACCUUCGUCAAUCAUCUAAAGGGAGGGUUGAUGUGACGUUGCAAGAUGGUAGGACGUUCGAAGGCGUGGUGGUGAACGCUGAUUUGCAAUCAGACAUAGCAUUAGUGAAGAUAAAGUCAAAGACUCCAUUGCCAACUGCUAAGCUUGGUUUCUCGAGUAAGCUUCGUCCAGGGGACUGGGUAAUAGCUGUGGGUUGUCCUCUUUCUCUCCAGAACACAAUUACUGCUGGCAUUGUCAGUUGUGUUGAUCGCAAAAGUAGUGAUUUGGGUUUAGGAGGCACACGUAGAGAAUAUCUCCAAACAGACUGCGCGAUCAAUGCUGGAAACUCUGGUGGGCCUCUUGUGAAUUUGGAUGGAGAAGUAAUUGGUGUCAACAUAAUGAAAGUCUUGGCUGCAGAUGGGCUAGGGUUUUCUGUGCCAAUUGACUCAGUCUCCAAGAUCAUCGAGCACUUCAAAAAGAGCGGGAGAGUUAUUCGUCCAUGGCUUGGGUUAAAAAUGAUCGAACUCAACAAAAUGAUCAUGGCUCAGCUCAAAGAACGAGACCCGUUGUUUCCUGAUGUGGAGAAAGGCAUUCUUGUCCCUACGGUGAUUCCGGGAUCACCGGCUGAUCGAGCUGGAUUCAAACCAGGUGAUGUUGUUGUGAGAUUUGAUGGGAAGCCGGUCGAGACCAUCAAGGAGGCAUGUAUCAUCAUUUUCUCAAUAAUAGAGAUAAUAGACGAUAGAGUUGGGAAGCGGAUGCGAGUAGUAGUGGAAAGAUCAAAUAAAGAAAGGGUCACACUAGAAGUCAUUCCUGAGGAGGCUAAUCCAGACAUGUGAUGUGACACUUUCAAUGUCUUAUACUAAAAGCUGCAAUGAGUUUUUGCUUGCUUUGGUUUCAUGGGAUUUGCUUCCUCUUUUUCAAGGGAGCAAAGUGAAACCCAAGUCGAUGACAUUUAGGACAAAAAAUAUAUCCGUACUAAUGGCUUCAGUUCAUUUAACGUUAGCCAAGGAAGUUGAUUGGUAAAUUUUUUGUUUGAAAGAGUUCUUUUUGAGGUCAGUGAUGAAAUGUGGUAGCUGAUAAAGGACUAGCGUUUAUCGUGAUUAGAAACAAAAAAGUUAUUAACUAUAAGUGGUC